AUGCCACAUACACUGACAUUGUAGUGCCGAAGCCCUCAGAGUGGGUCAGGCAUGGAGAGAGACGGCAGUAAUGCGUGAGUCCAGUGUUUUUACUCCUUUGUGACGGUCGGGAAAAACCAGCCUCACCAAACCCUGGAGCUGAAGGCAGAGUAAGCCCACAUAUUAGAUGCGAAAAUGCUUUUACUGACAUCUCUGCUGUUGCUGCAACUCUCCUGGGUAUCGCUGCACAACGCCGCGCAAGCUGUAGCGGAGAUUUGCCGGGGGACGCACUGCUAUGGCGGAGACACCGGUGAUCCAAGACCGUGCACCGGGGCGCACUGUCCAGGGAGCCGAUCUUCCAGACCCCCGCGGCAGUUUAACCCGUCAACGCAGGGGAAAACGGCUCAUGUAGCCGCCAGCCAACACCGCGUGUACCCGAGCUCUCCAAGAGCGGCAUCGGAGACUUUUCCAGGUGCCCAGCUGCUACUGCGCGGGCGGCACAGCGACGGCAGCACUCGGAGGAGUGCGCCUGAAGUUUUACCUGCAGGAUGCACCGAUGCGGAGUGCGCUGUUCAUGUGAAACAAUUUCAACCCAGCAAUGACACCCGAGACUGUAAAGGGAUCGAGUGCAGACUGCCACUGAGGAUACGGCCAAAAGCUCGAGCAGUGGCUUGUGUGGGAGAAGGAUGUCUGGCCGGUUCAGAGGAGAGCGUGCCUCCUGUACAUCUGUCGGACAGAGCCUCGCAGUUUCUGGGGGAUUUUCCGGAGUUUGAAUAUCCAUCGUCGGAACUUGGCGCAGCGCCUUUAGGUGUCCAGCUCACAUGUGAUAUCAAGCCAGGGGAGAAUGAAGUUCCUUCAGAAGAUGCCCUCAUCUUGCACCUCCAGCUGUCCAAGGGGCAGGAGAAGCUUGUGGAGGCCCUGAGAGCCCAGCAGAUUAUCAUCCGCGAUCUGCAGCAGAAGCUCGCUGACCAACAGGAGGCCCUGCUGUCGCAGCAGCGUGAGAUCCUGCAGCAGCAGCAGCGAAUGUAUGAGCAAAUGGAUGUGGUGAAGGCCCAGUACGGUCUUCUCUCAGACACCUUCAAACAGGUUUCCUUCCAGGGCCUGAAGGGUGAGCUGCAGAGCUACUUCGAGAGCCAGCUGGCUGGACUGCAAAGCCAAGCCCGCAGCCACCUGCAGAAAUCCUACGCCGUCCACAAAGUGGACAUCAACUCUAAGGUGAUGGAUGUGGUCGGGGAGGCUCACUUUCCUCAGCCUCUCCUGGGAUGCCCUUCACCCUGUGGAUCAGAGGAGUACUGUGACUUUCAAAAGGACCCACCUCGGUGUGAAAAGUGCACCAUGUGUCCACCAGGUUUCUUCCUCAUCUCGCAGUGCUCUCCAACUGCGGACAGAAUGUGCCAGGACAGAGACGAAUGCCUUGAAUUACCAAAUAUUUGUGGAGAGCGGGUGAAGUGCCUUAAUACUCCAGGGGGAUUCAGGUGUCUGGGCAUUUCUGAGAGAGAUGCAAUAAUGGGCUUGUGCGGUCAUGAAUAUUUCUACAACCAGGAGCUGCAGGAGUGCCAAGCCUGCUCUGACUGUGAUGGAGAGCCUGUUACCGUUCCCUGUACAGCAGUCAGUGACACCAUCUGUGGCCAGCUUUCGGAGACCCGGCUCUCUGAGUCUUGGAUGGCGAAUGUGGCAGUUCCCCCCGCCAGGUCAUCUGGCACCCACAUCUUUCCUGGGCUUCAGCUAAACAUACGAAGCAAAGAAAAAAGCGAUUUGCUGUCCAACCAGUUGGGCCAGUUGACCUUCCAGCAGCACGGGCUGGUGUGGUUGGAUCAUAACUUUGCAAUUAAGCACAGUUGCAGGAACUUCCUCCAGUUGGGGAUGAGGCUAAAUGGGAGCCAGGAAGAGGAGGGUAAGGACCUCAGCGGUGUUCGCAUCGAACAACCGGAUGGGAAGUAUUUCCAGGGGGUCAGCGUCAGUACCGGGGUGGAGGUGGAGCCUAACCACACCUUCACACUGCUGUUGAGGAGUCCAAAUCAACACUGCAAUCAGAGCAAAGAUCUUCACGUGUACGAUGCCGCAGGGCCCUCUUUGAGUCUGCUCUGGUUGUCUCAUGAUACUGGUGCUGUAGCUAUGACAGCUCAGAUGUCCCUACUGAUGCACUACCAGACCAGCUACCGCCCAACUUUCCGCAUAACCUCAGUUUCAGACCCCUACAUGAUCAGCCUGACUCAUGACAACCGUGGGGUGCGCUUCACCGAGCGCGGAGUGGUCAAGUUUGUCCUUCAGCAAGCGUUUUACUCCAUGGGGCACACCUGCAUUCGAGAGGGUUUCUCCUUGAUUGCCUAUAUUAACCGCAACGGAACUGGCCAAGAGGUGAUGCAGAAUUUUAAGACUGGUGUUAAUUACAGGGACACUUCCAUUACACUCUCUGGUGCUGUGAGCGUGGACAGUGGAGACAUGCUCAACUUCGAGAUCACAUCCCCGUCUCAGUGCAACGUCCGCUAUUUUGGGGACAGCACUGGAAUCAGUAUUUUGAGUCUCAUCUGGAUUCCUUCAGCAGUGUCGUCAGCCUUUACAGCUACUGUGUCCAGGACCGGUCUUCCCUUUGGAGCGGUGAGGAAUAAACCUCUAUUGUUCCAGCAGAUCAGCCCAGAUACACCGCAGGUCCACUUGGCCCGCUCUGGGGAGCCAAACAGCCGGAAGAACUUUAUAUUCCGCGAGAAAGGAACAGUGAACAUAGCUCUCAACCUCAAGCUGAUCCACUCUUGUAAUAUAGUUAAACUCACUCUGCAGCGGGUAGGGGGUCAGGGCAAGCAGGCUGGUCCUGUGGCUCAGCAGGUGUCAGGAUCUAUGCCUGAAGGAAGCGAGUGGGCCAGUGUAGGGCUGAGAGCCUCAUUUCAGGUCCAGAAUGGCACGGCUCUGUACGUCACGCUGGACUGUAUCCGUGGACGAAUUAACCAGAUAGCACACGAGGGCGGCACUAACAUUUCAAUUCUCUGGGUGGCAGUGUGAUCCAAGAAGGGGCUGAGCUUUUCUCAUCAGUACAUUUUGUGGAAAAAGACAGUUUUGCACAUGUUGAAUUGCAGAGCAGUUUCAAAAUUCACCAAAGGACGAAUACGGGCUGAUAAAAUGUAGUCUUCUUUUCCACAUAUCCUCUCACAUUAUCUUUAAUGUAUAUUUCUGCACCUGUAUAUACGUUUAUGAUUAUUUUUUUUGUAGGGUGUAACACUUAGAUGCUAAAAGUACUGCUUUUUGCUUGAAGUACUUCGGCUGGUUGAGCAGUGACCAAUUCUACAUCAAAUGUCUGAAUGUGUGAGUGUGUGUGUGUCUGUAUGUGUAAAUGGUGUGCAUACUUGGAAAUGGUGCUUAUGUAUGUCUGUGCGUAUGUACACACACAUUGGCAUGUCUACUUUUGCAUAUGAAUCAUUUAAUAUGUAUAUAUUAAUACUUAACAUCCAUAUUGUAUUAAACCUUUUUGUAUUGAAUUAUGAGGUUGUUAAAGCAGUAUUUUAACAUUUUGGGAAAUGCAGUGAACCAUUUUCUGGAGGACAGUUUCAUGAGUGGACCAGUGCAAACCUAGUGAUUAGUUAGCACAAAAACUGCAAACAGGGGAAACAGGUGACCUGGUUUUAGCCAAUAGUAUGGAAAUUUAUUAGCAUCUCUAAUACAAAUCAGCAUUUAACCCAAGGAACAUUCCCUGCUUCAUCCAUCUGUGUCUACAAGGCAUAACCUUAUUAUAUUCAGUAGUGAUUCCAGUUAGAGUGUAGUUCUUUGAAGUCCAGCUGAAGCACGUGUAGUUGCAUUUGUAGUUUAUCUCUUGUAGUGUAAUGUCUCUGUGGACUAGCUGAAAAGCAGAUAUCCACACAGAACCUUGCAUUCAGUGUCUAAUAACAAAAUUUAUAGAAUUUAUACACAAUAUGUCUGUGUAGGUUCUCAGUCGUCGAGGUCAUGGUAGUCUUAAGUGCUUGAAGUGAACUAGCUCAUGAAUGAGGUUUUACCUGUCAUCCAUUAUCUCUAUCUGUAACAAGUUAGUGAUGGGGGGGGUUCAGCAGCCCAUAGGACCACAACUGCAGCAGUUAAAUAUCUGUGACUCUCCAUCAGUUUUUAGAACCGACUAAGCCACUUGGAUGAAAGGUAACAUGUCUUCUUUCAUCAGAAAGAAGUCAUGUUGCCUUUAUUUCAAGCACUUUAGGCAUUCUAGCCAGGUGAACCUUUGCAUCCUCACAGAUACAGAAACUGUAACACCUUUAACCUAUCAAAUGUGUUAAGUCACAGCAUUGCGUCGUAGGGUACCCACAUUUUGGCAGUGCUCUAGGCUAGCACAGAAAACCUGGAAGCAUAUAAAUACACUUCAGUUCCAACUAAAAUGCAGGCUGGGGAGGUGUAUGUUCUUGGCUUUGAUUGGUAGCUUCUUGGCUUGUUGAACUCACUAGUCAAAAUCACUUGGCAAAUGCUCAGAGUUAGGAAAUAAUCCCUCAUAAAGCAGCUAAAUUACACAUUAGCUUUUGCUGAGACUGUUAAGAUGGAUGUAGUCACCUUGACAUCAUCAACUGAACUUUUUACCUCUUGUUUCGUAGUCUUUUUUUAGCGUCUUGGCACCAUUGUGGUGGAGAAGUCUGGUUCAGUCCCUUCUAGCUAGCAGAGAUAAACAGCUAAUAGCUACAGCUGCCUGUGUUGGCAUUCACCUGUAGCAAUUCAGUCAGCAUUACACAGAUAUCAUGAAGGGGCACCAACUUAGGAUGUUAUUAGUCUGUUUAAAGGACAUCAAAGAAAACCAGUUUUUGCAUCAGGCUGUGAACAUCUCUACUGUGAAUAUGUGUUUUAAGUAGGGAGUUGAAGCUAGCCUCGAGGCUAAUUUGAGGACCUGGAGUUUCUGGCACUUCUACAGUAGCUUCAUUUUUUUCAGCCCUUGACGGCUCUGCUUUUUUGUUGUACAGAUUAAACAAACACAAUUUAACUUGUAAAUCGUUGAGCUUUGACAAUACUGGCAGGCUGUUUUUUUUUAAACUACUGCUCAAAACCAAGCCAGCUGUUUCCCUCUGUUUCAUUCUCUGUGUGUAGCUAAACUAAGCUAAUUUCAUAGAUAACACACCGAUAUGAGAAUGCUAUCAUUGUUCUCAUCUAACUUCCUUUCAAAAUAUGGUAAUUUGCUGAAAUAUAUAAAAACUAGUCUCACCAAAUCUAUUGUAGUACCAUUUAAAAGAGCAGGGAUUUAAAAAAAAAUGUUGUUUUUGGUAUUUAUUUUAUGAAGCAGGACCUUUGUAUUCUGCUGUGGAAUGCAUAUGAGUUGUCAGGUAUGAUAAAACAGUAAAAAUAUGUAUAGUAUGGAGUAAAGCACUGAGUAGACAUGUAGUGAUAGUGUCUGCUUGUACACAUAUAGUUUUGCGUAGUAUUAUGGAAUAUGCAAACAUCUUCCUUUGUUAUUCUUUUGCCUAAACGCUGUUCCUCUGUAAAGAGCUGCCCAUGCAUAUCCCUCCUAAUUGCCUCUGUGUGUGUUCUGUCCUCUGAACAAUUAGGCAUAAUUAAGUGUUUCAGAGAGCUGGCAGCAAAGGCGCCGCUGAAAUUCUUCACCUUUUUUCUCACUUCUUUGCACGCGGUGAUACUUUUGAGGUGCUUUUAGACUCCCUGCAAGCUUCUUGUGGAACGUCAGUGUAUUUACAGUAUUCUGGUUCAACACCAAAUAAAAUAUACAUAUAUUUUGCCAUAAAAGGAAUUUCUUUUUUCUUUUGAAAAAAAAACCUGUUACUUUGCUGGCUUUAUUCCAAAAAUAUCGACUUGUGGAUGAAAAACAGUUUCACUGCUAAUCCUCACCAGACGAGAAAGGUAUUUUACAGAGUUAUUGGAUCAUUGUAGUAUAUGUGUAUGCGUAAUGUGCCUCUAAGGAUUCCUGUGUAGCCACAUCAUUGGACCUCUAAUGUGACCUUUAUUCUAUCAUCCCGAGAGUGAUUUUAUAUUUUGGAACCACGUAUCAUGACAAUCAACAUUUCACAGUGAACAGCUAUCAAUUUCCAUUAAAUUGGCGGGUAAAAGUUUGACCUUUUGACAGUGUUCACUCAGCUCAACCUCAAACAUACUGAAACUAUUUUUAAAGCAGCCUUAUUCGGCAGCAAAGGUGCCAAAAUACCUGGAAAAUCAUACACUGUAUUUUCCUCACAAUUGGUCUUAAUCAACUUCAUAUUAUUCUUCCAUCUAUUCCACCUAUAGAAGGCCUUCUUUAAGUUCUUUGGCUUAAAUUUAACAAAUAGCCUAUGAGUCAAAGAAGGGAGAGAGCAAGAGACAGGGGUGAGGGUGAGGGGGAGUCUGCAUGCGAGAAACAAUCAAAUGUUUCUGUCGGCUGCCUGAAUUGGAAACAGGUGUUUUGGUGCAGCACUGCUCCAGAUGUUUGACGCUGUAGAUCAAAUGAGACUCUCGGCACAUGAAGAGUUUCAGAGACAUCAGAGAGAGAAACAGGGACAGAGAAACAGAACAGGAAAGGGAAAACACAAAGGAGAGAGAGCUAUGUGUGUGUAUUAAAAAACCCAAACUUUAAAGCUCUUCCAGUUCUAUAUUAGCAAUGAAUUAAAAAAGUACGAAGUGAUGAAACUCUUGUUCCCUAUAUUGCUUAUUUUUGUUCCUCAUAGAAUUGUGUUUUUGUGGUUUUGUUUUCACUGUAGCGCUAAAAAAUUCCCCUUCAAUCAACUUCCAGGGGUCGAUGGAUAAAAAGCUCUGACAAACCCACUUUAUGGUACCUUUCUGGACCAAAUGGAAGGCAGAGAAAUUUAGCGAUUAGCUGGGGAAGCUGCUAAAUCAAGUAAAGAGGCAGAUUUUUUCCCCUUGAAUGGAUAGGAGUUAAAAAACUAAGACUAUAGGCUUACAUUCAUCAAGAGUCCAGAUUGUGGGAGAUGGCACAGUGAUUGUUGUGAGACUUAAUGCCCAAAGGUGAUCCAUCACAGUAGCACUUAAAUAUGAAGUUUGGCCAACAGUUUAGGAACUACCUGCACCACAGUCUAUGCGCAGCAGGCAUUUUUUCCUUUAUUAGAGGAAUUAUGUGACUUGGAUAUCAAUUCUGUGAUCAUUAAUACAAUAUUAUCAUAUUGUUUGCUAACCCCCAGCAAGGCUGAAUCUAAAAUAAAUAAAUAAAUAAGCUGUA